AUGAAAGGCAAUCAACUAAUUUAUCUAUGCUUUUUGAUCAGCAUUACAGUAACAGUUGGUGAACAUUGCAAAUGUGAAUCAACUAAUAAAAAAUUUCCUGACUCUACAGCUUUCCUAUUUUUGGAUUAUGAAGUGGUGGCUUUGGGCCUGAUGCCAAAUUCAGCAGCAAAAACUUCCUUUAUCAGCCAAUCACUUGCCUGGCUUCAAGCUGUGAGAGCUAGUGGCCGUAGCUCGACUCGGAUCAUGUUUUCCCGUGUUGAAUUUCGACCUGGUUAUCCGGACGUCUCAUGCCAAAAUAAACAACUUUCAGCCAUUACAAAAUUAAAUCUUGCUAUUGCAGGAACGCCGGGUACCGAAUUUUACCCUGGCUUCCAACCAGAGUCAAAUGAAAUACAAUUUGUAAAACAUCGUAUAUCAGCUGCGUAUAAUUCUGAACUUUUAACAUUGCUAGACUCACGAUGUAUUAAAACAGUCGUUUUGGCUGGAUUAUCUACAUCGGGUGUUAUUUUAUCAACUACACGUCAAUUGGCCGAUAUGGAUUUUCGUAUUUAUAUUUUACAAGAUGCUGUUAUUGAUUCAAAUUCAACUGUUCAUGAUGUUUUACUGCAUUCAGUUCUUUCAAGCCAAGCUAAUAUAAUGACGGUCGAUGCAGCUAAAAACAUGUUAUAA